CUAUUUGAGGAGAACAAGCUUCUGAGUAUUCAGAUGAUAGUGCUAUGGAAAUUUAACAUAACUUCCAGACAAUUUUAGUCAUUUUUUAGCAAGAAGUCUUCAUAUAGCAUUAAUCUUCGGAAAUAUCUUCAUUUUUAUAACAGAUCCAUGGACCCAUCCUUGCAUCAGGCCCUCAAGACUGGUAUAGCACCGCUGCAUGAGUACUUUCUACAGGGGAGCAUCUUGGAUGCCUCUAAGGAGUACCUCAUCCACAGACUGAGGGGGCUGUGUGACCAUGCAGACAGUCAGCCAGAGCAGUUCAAUGAUCACGAGAUGGUGUUCAUGCUGAAAGGCGGUCAACAGCAGGCGCCAUUCACAGUCCAUCUACGACACUCGUUACUUGCUCCAGAGUGCUGGCAUUUGCGAUAUGUUGGUGUUGCAGAAAUGGGAGAUAAAACUCGACAGACCCUCGUACGCACAUGUCUUGAUGUAGGGGUCUCUGAAACAAUUAUCAAGUUUCUUAAUGAAAUGGGCUUUAGAAUGGAAUACGAGUUUGUAGCACGUGGUAUAUUUUUCCACAAAGGAAUUAUGAAAGUUACAGUGACCAAAAUGUUCAAGAUGAAUCAGGUGAACGACACCAAGAGCCUCGAGCCAGUAUCAGCAUCCCACCUGGUGGAGGUGAGUGUGGUGGCAUCCACAAGUCAGGAACAGAUCGGGGAGGACAUGAAGAACUUUGCAGAGCAGCUCAAACCAUUGGUUCUUCUAGAAAAGGUGGAUCACAGAAAAUUGCAGCCAGUAACCAGUCAGACAAAUACAUGAUAUGGUCUCCAAUGUGCAGGAUUAUGUUGAACAAGGAAACAUGCAAUAAGCUGGACUUAUUAUAACUCUGAUUUGUUUAAGAAUGUGGGACAAAUACUUGCAAGUUGGGUUUAAGUGGAAAACACUUUGAGAGGAAGCGUAAUUCAUUACUCUAAGCACCCAAAGAAAAAUGUUGUGUUCAUAGUUCUUGAGUGUUCACUGAAACAUUUGAUUUGUUUGAUACCUCAAGCUGAGCUCAGUUGCACAUGGAUAUGCAUGUUCAGUCUGAUGGAGCAACAUGAAUAAAACAACACUAUAUUUGGUCUAAAACAUAAUUUCAUGUGUUGUCAAGUCGACAGAAGUGUAUAGCAUACUUUUUAUGUUGUUUAUCUUUUUAUGUUUAUAUUUAAUUGCGUGUAGGCAAAAGGAAGGCAUAGCCUCACCAUGAUGUCACUGGUGGUCAGUAUUCGACACUUACGGUAGUCCGGUAGCCCGAAACUCGUGGAAAUGAGACUCGGACUCCUUGUUUUUGUUCAAAGUCAUCUGUAAAUUAUAAAAAAAUCCCAUCGUUUAUUUAUUCGUUUCGCAAAAUCAGAAUGUCUACACCAAGAAAAUUUUACUCAGAAUA